UAGUCGCACCAACAUAACAAAAAUGAAAGCCCUAUUAACCAUUUAAUGUUUUUUUGUAGUAUAUAAAAUCAGCUGUAAUGCUCGUAAAACCACAUUUCCUCAACGAUAACAAUUUAAUUGUUAAUAAUCUUACACGUAAUAAUAAGUUGCACAGCGUCCAACGUUCCCAGUAAUGUGACUCUGUCAGUUCUCCUUGAAACUUUGCUUACAUGCUUCAAUCCUCACUAGGCUAUUUCUGAUCAGUUUGACUAAAAUAUCGUGACUUUUUGCAAUUACGCAUCUUCCGAAGCCAGUACAUCGCAAUAAACCAAUAGCGAGAGAUCUACGUGUGCUAGAGAAUCAUAACCUCCAAGAAACAAGUCAAAGAUUUACUCAUUCGAAGAUGGCAAGCGAAAUCAGCACGUUUAAUACUCAGCAUUCUUCUAAGAAGUUCUACCGACAUGCUAGUCACAGAAUAUUCGUCAACCGUAGUUUACAUUUAGAAAAUAUCAAAUUUUAUGGCUUCGAUAUGGACUAUACUCUUGCCGAAUACAAAUCUCCCGAAUACGAGAUUCUAGGUUUCGAUUUAGUCAAAGAACGCAUGGUUUCAAUAGGGUACCCCAACGAAAUUCUAGAAUUUGAAUACGACCCGACUUUUGCCGUCAGAGGCCUGUGGUUCGACGCCCUUUAUGGCAACCUAUUGAAAGUGGACGCAUAUGGCAACAUUCUCGUGUGUGUACAUGGCUUCGAAUUCGUUAAACAUUCUCAAGUAUACGAAUUGUAUCCAAACAAAUUCCUUCCAUUAGACGAAUCCAGAGUUUAUGUGUUAAACACCCUUUUUAAUUUGCCCGAAACUUAUUUAUUAGCAUGUUUAGUGGAUUUCUUCACGAAUUCUCCGCAGUACACCAAAACGCAAACCGGGGUCAAAUUCGGCGAUCUUUUCAUGAGUUUCAAAUCGAUUUUCCAGGACGUCCGGAACGCGGUCGACUGGGUCCAUUUACAGGGCGACCUGAAGAAAAAAACGAUCGAAAAUUUGGAAAAGUACGUGAAGAAGGACGAACGUCUUCCAAUGUUUUUGGCAAGGUUGCGGGAAAGCGGGGCGAAGACCUUUUUGUUAACUAACAGCGAUUAUAAUUUUACAGACAAGAUCAUGACGUAUUUGUUUGAUUUUCCGCACGGACCCAAACCAGGUGACGUCCACCGGGAUUGGAAGACCUACUUCGACACGAUCGUCGUAGACUCGCGCAAGCCUCUCUUUUUCGGCGAAGGCACGAUCCUCAGACAAGUCGAUACAGCAACCGGUGCACUGAGAGUGGGGGUCCACACUGGACCCUUCUUAAAGGAACAAGUUUAUUCAGGGGGUUCUUGCGACGUUUUCACCAAACUCAUAGGAGCCAAAGGCAAGGACGUGUUAUAUGUGGGUGACCACAUCUUCGGUGACAUUCUCAAAAGCAAGAAAAUCAGGGGGUGGAGGACGUUCCUUAUAGUGCCCGAGCUAGUGCGAGAGCUGCACGUGUGGACCGACAAGUGCCAGUUCUUCGACGAACUCCAAAUGCUCGACAUCAAACUAGGCGAAAUGUACAAGAAUCUAGACAGCAGUACGAAGGAAAAGCCGGACAUUUCGAAACUUAGAGCGGCCAUUCGUGACGUCACUCACAAGAUGGACAUGUCGUACGGAAUGAUGGGGAGUCUGUUUCGGUCGGGGUCACGACAGACAUUUUUCUCGUCACAGGUGGUGAGAUACGCGGAUUUGUAUGCUGCUACCCAUUUAAACCUUCUUUAUUACCCAUUUUCGUACAUGUUUCGAGCCCCUGCUAUGCUCCUUCCUCACGAAUCGACAGUGGCGCAUGAGCAGAGGUUUGUUUUGGAAGCUAUUGAUAAUCAAGCGUGCCCUGAGAAAGAAGUGAGGAAGCCCCCAAGAGUUCUGGAACGAUCACACAGCCAAAUUCCGCACGUGCGACCAGAAACCCCCUUAAGUGUGACUCAUAACCACGACGAAGACUUCUCGGAAGAUGAAAGCGACGAGAAGAAUUCCUUCCGGAAUGGGGAAAAGAGGGAAUAAUUGUUGUUAAAGUAGGUUAGGUUGUUUGUUUUUAACGCACACUCAAUCCUAAUAAGAGUAAAACGCAUUUUAUAGACUUUUAACAAGUAGCGCAAAAUUGCUCAUUUUUUAUUGUUACCACGUUUUGUAAUGUAGAUUUUAUAUUAAAUAGUUACAAGUUGCAAAUACUCCAAUUUUUGUAUUAAGCAAUAGUAAAUUAUUUAUCGUU